AUGUCUGAUCCAAAUUAUCACGUUGAAAUUAUAAACAGUGUAUCCAUAAACGCGACGUCGUCAUGUACACGACAAAAAGCAAUCGAUGCAAUCCUCGAUUUCUAUCGAUUGCUCACUCAAAUGCCCUACAUCCCACCCGAAAGUUUGAUGAUCCCUCAUUCUAACGGUUGGCAAGGAGUGGAUGAGAACGAAUUACGGAAACGCGGGAAAACCGACGAAGCCAUCGACAUUCUUAAACACCUCCCAUACCUUGACCAGGAACGCUAUGGCCAGCAAUGGACUUUGGCCUAUAACACUCUCCAUAUAAACUAUGCCAAGGGCGAGAUUUAUCAUGAAUACUUAGAAAAGGACAGAAGUAUCCUUCCUCUUCCUGGUCAUAUCGUAUGGCUCACUGAAGGGUUUGAGCGAGCAGGGUACUAUUUAUUGCUUAAUACCCAGACUUGGGAAAUCAUCGAGUAUACUCUGCUAGGCGAAAGCAUAGAGGUUGACUAUGAUACAUAUGAAUCCAUGCCACCGGAGCUCAGAUGGACUACAUAUAGCAGAGCGCCCGCAGAUGAUUAUUUUUAUACAUGGAAAUGGCGACUGAUGGCAUUGAAUUUUAUUCUAGUGCAAGACCAUCGGGCUUUUCGGGGCACUGCCGAAAUGUUUCUAAAAGACCCUGUGCACUUGUUUGAAGAUAGUCUCAUGGCGUCGGACUCUGAAGAUGAAGAUUAUUUGCCUGACGAGUCUGAGGAGGUGAAUUAUUUUUCACGGCCAGGAGAUGACAUGCAUUUGGGUAGUGCUGAAGAGGAAGAGGAGGAGGAAGAGGAGGAGGAGGAGGAAGAGGAGGAGGAAGAGGAAGAGGAGGAGGAAGAGGAGGAGGAGCAGGAGGAGGAGGAGGAGGAGGAGGAGGAGGAGGAGGAGAUUGACACAGAAGAAGAGCUAGCAAACAUUCGCGAUGAGAUAGAAGAUCUAUCAACCUCUCAGCUUGAUCAUACUUUGGAGGCACCCCUUUCUCAAAAGGAGGAUGAUCAGCCACCGAAGCGAAAUCGCAGCAUGCUAUUCACCCUUUGCCAGACGUCGAACUCUUAUGAUAAGCUCUAUCUUACACCAUAUACAACCAAACGAAGAGAAGAUAUGAAAGAGCUUAUCUCAAUUUACGUCUCGCACGGAUGGCCAACACCGGAUUUUGAGUGGAAAAUCUCGGGUCGGCAAUACAUGACAUCUAUAAAUUCAAAGAACACGCUUGAUUUAAGCACGUUCGAUCGUGAAGGGUGUCUUACACAGCUCAGUGAAUGGAUGGGUCUCUGGAAGGAAAGAGAAAUGGAAGAGUUGAGAGAAAUGACGCAAAGCUAA